AUGGGUUGGGUGAGGGAGAUGACAUGAGAAGAGUGGCGUUGCGACGAAGAUUGUGGAAUAUUUGAAUAAUUGAGCUAUUCAGCCUCCUUAAAUGGGCAAAGUAGAGGAAACAAUGUAACACUAACACUUUGAAGAUAAAAAAAUUCAAAUAACAAUUCAAGCAGCAAUUCCAUCCCACUGAGUAUAGCGAACAGGCCCCAGGCCAUAUUGUAAUAUUCCCAUCGGACUCAUAACGGAUUCCAGUACACCUACACUCAAGGUAAACAAGUCGAAGUGAAGAAGGUUCAGACCCAAAUUUGACAAGAAAUAUGAGAGGAUACUUCUGUAAAAUGAGAUGUUUUGGUAUUUUGAAAGCCUGCUUGGGAAGGUUCAAGACCCGACAUUGUGACUUGAGGUCACAAAAAUGGCAAGUCACACAAAAACGACCACAAAGAUGUGUAUUGCACAAAAAAAUUUUCUGGAUGUUGCUUGAAGUGCAACGUUCACAGUUUCUUCAAAUUUUUCCUACAUGCUUUAUAUAGGAUGGACAGAGAGAUAUGAAAAUUUUAGCUGCCGCUUUGCAGGCGUUUCCGAAAUAUUCCAGAAUCUUUGCUGGCUGAAAGAUUACUCUAUAAAAUGACAUGAUGAUUUUGAAUUUCAAAUACAGUGAUUGACCUGAUGCAGUGGCAAAAAGUGUGCCAUUUUGGAUGCGGGAAGCAUCAAAAAUGUGGCAAAAUGCUUCCCAAUCCAAGUAAAAAAAUCGAUUUCGAAAGCCCCCCUCGACUGUUUUUUUGGCCAAAAAAUCUCAAUGAUUUUUACAACGGACGAGCUAGAAAUCUCGCGUAUUCCUUAAAAAAUCUUAAUCCAACUUUUCACCAAGUUUCAUCAAAAUCUAAAUUCAUUUUUUCAGACCCAAAUAAAUUAAAAUUUAAUGUGAAAUAAUUUCAAAAAUGUCCUUAAGACUCCUCAAGCUCCCUCAGCCCAGUUAUGACCCCAAGACCAGCUCUAAAAUCUUUCAAAUUCCCCGUCGACCUCAAAGAAUCCCGAACUAAUUGGCCAAAUUUUAGGAACUGCGCCGCUGCGUUGCCGAACUCGGUCACACCGCCAUCGAGAUUGGGUCUCACUUGGAGGAGCGCAAUCUGGAUGACCCCUAUUUCUGGCCACUCUACAACGAAUGCCAGAGCUUGAAUGUUUGCAUCUUCGUGCACCCGUGGGACAUGGACGAUUGGCAUGGGAGAAUGAAAAAGUUUUGGCUACCCUGGCUGGUUGGUGAGUGAUUUGGGGGAGGGGAAAGUAAAAGUCAAAUCUCUAUAAAACAAAUUUUCAAAAAUCUACAGAAACUCCGCUUAAAAUUCAAUAAAAAAAAUCAAAAAUAGACGGCCAUGUGGCCCGCUAAUCCACUUGAGGCGUCCAGACCAACACGGAUGUUUUUUAUUGGUUAUGCAAAUUAGUUUUGGAGGAAGGUCAGGAAGUGAACCGCGAUGACAUCCUCAAGGGAACAUGGGCGCCGAUUGACUAUUUUUGGAAGGAAAUGUUGCUGAAUUUUCCGUGAUUUUAAGGACGAAACUUUCGGCCGAAUAAGAAUGCAUGUUUUUUGGUAUGAAUAAGAAUUGGUCAUUCUUUCUGGUUGAAAAUACAAAACGCCUCCGUAAAGAGACCGCCAGAUGGAACAAAAGUUUUAGCUACAGAGAAGAGGUGAGCUGACAAGGGAAGGAACCGCGACUCUCAAGUUCUAUAAGGUGACCCAAAAAAAUGGAAACAUUUUUCCAUAGGUCCUGCCGCGAAAACCUUGAGGUGUAGCCAAUUAAUUUUUUCACCAGUAAAUUCUGAGUAUUUCUCUGCCAUAGGCGUUUUAUUUUACAUUAACUGAAACAUAGCUAUAAAUAUGAGUUUCCAUUUUUUGGGCCACCCUGUAUUUAGUGAUUACACACGUCGGGCCCAUAUCAAUUCGUCACAGUUGUAGCUGCCGGUUUGCAGGUGCCACCAAGAUCUCGAACGAUCGUUGCGGUCGAGAGAGUACGCAAAAGGCGGAGAGCGGUCACAGAGAAAAAACUUCUAGGCUAUAAAAUUGGUGCGAAAAAAAUGUUUUUUUGUCAAGAUAUUACACUUUAUAGUAGACAUAUGCAUGAAACUCGUUUUCGCAAAGCGCCAGCUGGAGUCUCUUAUAUACGUAUACAUUCCCUGUAGACAUGUAUAUGUAGACAUGUAUAUGUCUACAUGGAAAAACCUUAUCGCACUUUGCGCCAGGUUUCAUCAAAAUCUAAGCGUUUCACUUGCAGUCCUUUCCCUGUAAAUCUGAUGCUCUAAAUAUUACCCGCGCUUUGUAAAAAAAGUAAUACAUCAAUUGAAAAAGAUCUUUGUAAAACAUUCACUGGAACACCUGAAACAUUCAAGGAUCUUGCGGCGAGAGGGUUUGUAAAAUAUCGAAUGCUGAAGAUAAAACCAACUUGGUGUUCUUUUAUACCCUUCCAAUCACGCGGACAAGGUAAAUCCAGCCCAUAUUUACAUUGUAUUUGAAUUUCAAAAAAAAACAUUUUCCAAGAAGGCCCGAAAAUCUGGAGAGGUCUCUUUGCAAAUCCGUUGCAACAAGAUUAAAGAAGAAUAUCCAUUUCCAAGUUUGCAGACAGAAGGAACUCUUGAGAGUUCGGUCUCGGACAUCCGAAGCAAGCAACCCUUUAAAACUCAAACUUUAGACACAUCAGCUUCUACAAACUCAGCCUUCUGACCCCCCUCGACUUUCAGGGAUGCCAUCCGAGACGGCGCAGGCCAUUUGCAGCGUGCUGAUGGGCGGUGUUUUGGAGAGAUUCCCGCGUCUCCGGAUCUGCUUUGCUCACGGCGGCGGGGCCUAUCCGCAGAUCGCGGGUCGGGUUUCGCACGGGUUCCGUGUGCGGCCCGACAUUUGUGCAACGGACACGUCGACAAAUCCAAGCCACUUUCAUGGAAAGUUUUACACCGACUCGUUGGUUCAUGAUGUGAAUGCGUUGAGUUUACUGUCGUCGGUGGUUGGCUGGGACAAGAUUUGUCUGGGCACGGAUUAUCCAUUUCCAUUGGGUGAAUUGGAGCCCGGCAGGAUUGUGAGAGAAAUUGAUGAUGAAAAAAAGGUAAAUCAAUUUGAAUAUCGGUCUGUCGGGAAAAUAGUGAGAACUCUGUCGCGUCGAAAUCGCAUCGAAAAUGAAUUGUGUCGCAACAAAAUCAAAAUUUUUUUUUUACACUUCAGCGAAGCGAUUGACCAAGCGACAUUGCGCUCAUUAUUUUCCCGACAGACUGGUGAUACGAGAAAUUCCAAUCAAAUCAGUGGUAUAGACUAUAAAACAAUAGUAUUUUAAGACUAUGACGAGCCAUUGUUUGUUAAAAAUAGCCAGCCAUCAACUGUUUUGUUUGUCUUGUCACGCAGUCAUUUGAAUUUUUUUUGACUAGUAUUUGAACUGAUCUUAUGGGUUGAGAGGUUUACGCCCUCUGGAUUACGAAGAAUUGACUUGUUUGUGAGCUGAUUCUGCAAAGAAACUCAGAAAAUUUUUUAUGGUAUUUUAGCAGUGUAGUGUCUACAGACACAAAAUUCAAAAUGGGAAAAAAAUAAGAUUGAUUUAAAAUACGAUUGGGUUAAUUUUGUCAUCUUUUUACAUAUAUGUGUAAUUGCAAAAAAAUUUAAUUUUUCAGAACAAGGUUCUCUGGUCGAACCCAAUUGAAAUGCUCAAUUUGAAAGAGGAAAAUUUGUACUCGAAGACAUUCUAA